AUGGGUUGCCACGUAUGUUCGCAGCCGCCCAGUUCACGGCUGGGGUUUUACUGCCCAACCUGCGCCCGCAACCAGCUAUACGGCCUCCGAUACAACCAUGCGAGAGUGCUGCUAGACAAGGAUGCAGCAGGAGCGCAGAUCGAAGCGUCGAUAGAGAAGAAUACGCGAGAGAACGCAGAGAUACUGGGCGGUGGUGAUAUUCUGCGAUUAUCUGAAGAUGUUGGUGGAGCUGAGCCGGAGCCGUCAAGGCUGUUGAUUCAGACCAAGCGCACGGCUAUAUCACAGUCUGCUGGCCGGACAGAGGAUAUACGGUCUCACAUAUCUACGCUGGAGAAGGAGAUUGCAGAUGGGAAGAAGGAGAUUGCUAGGCGGCGGGCGGUUCUGGCUCAGCGGCGGUCUGAUGCAGAAUCGGCUAACUAUGAGGUGACAAGCCGACGGGCUCGGGCUUUGACAACAGUCCAGAAGAGCAUCAAAGCGAAGGAGAAGCAAUGGAACAGCGUGCACGAAAAGGCGGUAGAGUCACGGGUGUUCCUUAGCAGAGAGGUAGCCAGCCUUUUCGGCUUCCGUCAACGAACGAGGCGGAAGAGAGGGGACUUGACAAACCAGUUCUCCAUCGGAGGCGUCAAUAUCGUCGACCUUCGCCAGAUGAAUAGUGCAAAUCCUGCGCAUAUAACUGCGUCUCUGGGCAAUCUCGCCCGAAUGGUAAUGCUGGUAUCCCAUUAUCUUGGCCUAAGACUGCCCGCAGAAGUAGUGGUGCCUCACCGCGGCCACCCUUUACCGGCUGUCUACACACUCUCAUCAUCCUACAUGCCACGCCGACAGGACUCCCUUGGCUCUUCGCCUAACUUCUCCCCUACCCAAUCAUUGCACAACCCUCGAAGCGCAGAGGCCAUGCUCUUCCCGCGCCCUCGACCGCUCUUUAUCGACCGGACUCUGCCCAAGCUAGCCAAGGAAGACCCCACGGGCUACGCACUGUUUAUCGAAGGCGUGGCAUUACUGGCAUGGGAUGUAUCCUGGCUAUGUCGAACGCAGGGCCUACAUCUAGGCUCAGAGUCAUGGGAAGAUGUCUGUGAUAUUGGCCGGAACCUCUGGCAACUGCUGGUUGCUCCGGAGCCACUACUCAAAGCCCUGGCAAGUGACCAAGCAAACAAUGAUACGAAAGUAAAUGGAAACGCAAACGCAAACACAAACACAAAUGCAAAUGCGCAUGAGAAUGAGAAUGAGAACGAGAGUGGAAAUGGGAACGGCUUACGAAGAGUUCGAUCUAUGCCUAUACUCGGCCACUUCUCGCAUGGUUCAGCACAUACCUUCCUCGGCUCAUGGGAAGGAGUGGAAUUCAUGAAGACAUGGAAGUUGCCAUCUCCCGUGAAGAUAGCAGAUAAGUUGAAAUCCACCUUACUAGGCGAGAUGGCGAAUGCAGAGUGGGAGUUACUGGCAGAGGGAGAGUGGGAGGAAGAAGGCGGGCAGGGACAGACUGCCGAUAAAGAAGAGGUGGUUCUGCUCGAGUGA